GGCACUUACACGGUCAGUGCUUUCCUGUGUCACCCCUUCCCGCACAGACAGCUCUGCCCGCCGUGCCUUUCCACUACGAGUAGUUUAAACUUGUGUCGCAGCGUGGUGGCGGCGUAGCCGCCAAGAUGCGACUGGGGUUGCGAAGUCGCCCGCGGGGACGGUGGCCAGAGCGCCGCGUGGAAACGACGACGAAACUGAGUUGGCGCUAGACGCUGCGAAUGGGGAAUGAUAAUGGCCUAGAUAGAGCCCGCCGCCUCGCGUGUUUCAACCGCAAUGCGGCUCUUGCGGAAUCACGAGACACGAGAGCUGCUAACAGAAAGGCGCUUUACUCGCUUCCGUCGUGAGGGCGUCAGGCGUGGCAGUUUCGAGUGCUGCAGGGCUGUGAGGCGGCUUGGAGUCGAUACGACAUCGUGCCUUUUGCUUGCUUGAGUCCCAGUGUCGAGUGUGACCUAUUGGAGACCAGUACCAUAUCUUUUUCGCCGUCUAGCCGACCCACGAUGUGCUCCGGCUGUCAGUGACGGGGCCGUCCGGCAUUCCCUAGGUGGCAGGCGUGAUGAUCUGCAGUUCGAGUACCAAUCACCCCAGCACGACCCCUCCGCCGAUCCCAGCAGUGCAGAGAAGGCGGAUGCCAGCACGAAUGGCGCAGGCAGCCAUGGCUCAGGGCCAGCGACUGCGGAGUGGCUGCGCCGAUGGGCGGCAGCAGGCGCCCGGUUCUCCACCCUGCGGAGCGCAGACCACACCCAGCCAGCAGGGCGGACUCCUGAGUUGUUCUGCACCCAUCACCGAGCUACAAGCCUGAAGGUCUGGGCGCAGAUGCUCAGUUAGCGAGCUGGAUCGCUCCGAUUCCGGCUGCCGUUGUGGGUCAACUGACGUGUGAGAUGGUGGGAGUCUUUGUUUCAUCGCGCUCGUCUGACAUGACUCUGGCGGUGUUUGAGCUCAACCUGUUAUCGUCUCUGGGACGGGUGCAAAAGCACAUGCGUGAGGCCUGGACGGCCUCUCUUCGUUUCCUUUGUUCAACAAUUCAAGAUGUGCAGGUCCAUGUGCUGUCUAGUGACGGCUGGGUUGCCCGCCGUGCGUGAUUAGCGACACAUUGAGCCAAGUUUCUUGAGCUUGCGGUGAUUCGUCUCAUUUCGCUGCGGCACACAACAAGGUCUGUCCCCCGGCCACUUGCUGUGGUAAUUCAUGCUUGCGUGCUCCGUCCCAGGCGCUGAGCCCAAAAUAUCUUGUGGGAUGGGCUUAGUUUGGCGCGGAGGGUUUUACUGGGAUUGAUUUUAGUUGAUGUCUGGCCAGGAUGGAUCUUGUGAUAGUGUGUUGAGCGACUCCAAGCCUGGCACCUCAGCAACAUUCGCAUGUAGUGCGCGUUAAACCCUGGUUUAUACGGCCCAAUCCUGCAGUGUACACAGGUCAUGGUUAUAUCUGCAUUCGUUUCAAUUAAGGAA